AUGCCUGGCUCUCCUGCGUCUUCCUGGGCCGUCUACCGUGCGCGCCUCAAGGCUGUCUUCCAUGGCGCCGACCCACGCGUGUGCGCCGCCUUCUGGUUGUUCGGCCUCAUCAACAACGUCCUCUACGUAAUCAUCCUCUCCGCGGCACUCGACCUCGUCGGCCCAAAUGUCCCCAAAGGCGUCGUGCUCCUCGCCGAUGUCAUUCCCUCAUUCCUGGCCAAACUGUGCGCCCCGUACUUCAUCCACAAGAUCCCCUACAAUGUGCGCAUCUUCAUAUUUUUCGGUCUCUCCGUAUGCGGCAUGCUCAUCAUCGCCCUCACGCCUCCACUGCAGGACUCAGGGACCAUCGCCAUCAAGAUGUGCGGAGUGAUGCUUGCCAGUCUGAGCAGUGGAGCUGGCGAACUGAGCUUCCUUGGCCUGACACAUUACUACGGCCACUUUGCUCUGGCUUCCUGGGGCUCAGGCACGGGAGGCGCCGGCUUGAUCGGUGCCGGAGCCUAUGCCAUCGCGACCAACACGCUCGGCAUCACCCCUCGUACAAGUCUACUCGUGUUUUCCUUCCUGCCGCUAAUCAUGGUGCUGAGUUUCUUCGUUAUCCUUCCGCUCGGCCCACUGCGCGCCGGCAUCCAGAAACAAGGCGACUAUGAAGCCAUCGAUGACCACGGGGACGAUGAGGAACAGGAAGUAGGCCAGGCGCAGGAACAAGACGACCUGUUGUCUUCCUCUAUGCACUCGGCUUCAGGGCGCAGUUUUCCCUCUGUCACUAACACCGGUGCUAACAGUGCGCUGAGUAGCUUUCGCGCAAACCUCAACCGCGCGCGAGGCCUGUUCUUCCCAUACAUGCUGCCCCUCCUUCUUGUCUACAUUGCCGAGUAUACCAUCAACCAAGGUGUCGCACCCACUCUGCUCUUCCCUCUCGAAUCCUCUCCUUUCGACGAAUACCGCUCCUUCUAUAGCACCUAUGGCGCCAUCUACCAGGUCGGUGUCUUCAUCUCGCGAUCCUCCACGCCCUUCAUACGCAUACACCACCUUUACGUCCCGUCAUUUCUUCAAGUCGCCAAUCUCAUUAUCCUCACACUGCACGCCAUGUUCAAUUUUAUCCCGAGCUAUUACAUCGUUUGUGUAAUCAUUUUCUGGGAAGGUUUACUAGGCGGGCUGGUCUAUGUCAGCACCUUUGCCGAGAUUACGGAUAACGUGCCGAAAGAGGAUAGGGAGUUCAGCCUGGGCGCGACUAGUGUGAGUGAUUCUGGAGGUAUCUGCAUCGCUGGUUUCUUAGGCAUGGCUGUUGAGGUGAGUCUGUGUCGCUGGCAAGUAAACCAUGGCAGAAAUUACUGCAAGCUGCAGUGA